AUGGAGAUAGCUGUCGAAGCGCCGCGGGGUAGGUUAAGGGUGCAUUGUGGAGAGCGUUCACGUCACGUUCGCUGGUCGCUGCGAAGAGCGACUUUAUACCGAAGUGAUAAGGUCCAAUUUUACUUGGAGAACCGGCGGCGGAUACGGCGUUCCGCCCGGGGCCGGCGAAAACAGGGGCUGCUCGCAGGACGUGGACCGAGGGACGGAAGGGUGCGCCGCGCAGGCGUGAUUCAGUCGCCCGCGCGACCCCGUCGCCGCCGGUCGCGCGCCAUGGACGAGACGAGAGUGCGAGAGCGCGCGCCGCUCACGGUCAUAGUUGCCCCGAGCAACGUGUCCCCGCCCCGGCUCUCCCCUGCCGACCUGCUGCCCGACGGCGACGCGGCGUUCCACCCCCUGUCGGCCGUCAACGGGCGCCUCACGCCGCCGGGCCUAGAGCCCGCGUCCUACGCCACUCUAACUCCCUUGCUCCCCCUGCCGCCCAUCAGCACCGUGUCGGACAAGUUCGCUUACCACGCCGGCGGCACGUUCACCGUUAUCCAGCAGCAGCAGUCGUACGCGGCGCUCUCCCCUGCCGCUUACAACGAGCCCCUGUCGCCUCAGUCCGCUUACAGCAGACGGAGCGCGUCCCCCAACUCCUUUGAAAGGCGAUCCCCGACGCCCCCCCUGCCGAGUCCGGGGUUAGACCUUAACGCGGCCCUUCUAGCUAGGGAGGAGCAAGCACAACAGCAGGUCCAAAUUCAUAACGACACAGAAGAGAUCAACACAAAGGAGCUGGCGCAGAGGAUAAGUGGCGAACUGAAGCGCUAUUCAAUCCCGCAGGCGAUAUUCGCUCAAAGGGUCCUGUGCAGAUCACAAGGCACUCUCAGUGACCUGCUGAGGAACCCUAAGCCCUGGUCGAAGCUGAAAUCGGGAAGGGAGACAUUCAGACGGAUGUGGAAGUGGCUUCAAGAGCCCGAGUUUCAGAGGAUGUCGGCGUUGCGACUCGCAGCGGCCCAGAUUCCUCAGAGAGGCAGUUGCAAGCGCAAGGAGGACCUGGGUUCGGAUACCAUGCCUUCCCCGAAGAAGCCCCGUUUGGUUUUUACAGACCUCCAGCGGCGUACACUACAGGCUAUUUUUAAGGAGACGAAGAGGCCCUCGAAAGAAAUGCAAGUAACGAUAGCGCGGCAGCUCGGCCUUGAGCCGACGACGGUUGGAAACUUCUUCAUGAACGCGCGACGGCGGUCGAUGGACAAGUGGAAGGAUGACGACGCUCCCACCACCGAAUUGGACGCGCAGUGCGAGGGCCACGAAUUGGACCACGUCCCGAGCCUGGACUCCGCCGAGUCAGAGGAAGACCACGACGACCACGAUGACCACCUCUUG